AUGAUGAAUUUCAAUAAUUUCUUUCGACAUUUUAUAUUAACUCAAUCAUUUGUACGUGGUUGGGCAAAUUCAUUUCAUUUACAAGAAAUUUUUACCUAUCGACGUGAAAAAAUUGAUGUAAGAGGCGAAUGUUUAAAACUUGUAUCAGCUGAAAAUGUACAACAAAAUACUGUUGAAAUAAUUAAACAAGAAAUAAAAAGCAAUCAAAAUUAUACAAAUGCUCGAUUUCGUUCACCACUUGCCAAUUAUUUACUACAUUUGGUUUCACUUCAAGUAGCUACAGCUCAUUUUCAACCUGUUUUACCAUGUGAUCAUCGUUUUGAUUCAAUUCUUCUUGAAAAUUCAUAUUAUGGUUUAAGAAAACCACCAGAUCAAUCUCGUUCAUCAUUAUUGUAUGUUACUGAUUUAUAUAUUAUGGCUAUUCUACAUGGUUUUUCUCUUGGUGGACAUAUGGCUUCAUUAGCAUUUACAAAAUGGCCUGAUCCAUCUUGUCGACAAUUCUAUAAAAAUAAAGCCUCUCAAACAUUUUAUGAUUAUUUACGUGAACGAAAUUGA